AUGGAGGCACUGCCAAGACUACCCAUGUUAUCUUUUGACUUGAAACACAGUCCAGAGUUUGUCGAGUUUGGACCAACGUUGAAGCAGUACAUCAAAGACCACUAUGGGGAAGAUCCUGCACUGUACAGCAAGGCUUGCACUGACCUGGAGCAGCUUCGACAGGCAGCCAUACAAGUCAGCAGGGACUACAUGGGCUGCACCACUCUCAAGAAGUACUACACCCAGCUGGAGUACCUGCAGAAGAGGUUCCCCAUGGGAGAAGGAGGUGAAGCAGCUAUAGCUUUCACCUGGGAGGAUAUUCAGACGGGAAGAGAUCAUGUAAUUAGCGACAUCAAAUUUGAACAGGCUUGCAUUCUCUACAACAUCGGCAGUCUUCAUUCCCUGCUUGGGGUGCUCGACACACGACACAAUGUAGAGGGCAUGAGGGUUUCCUGUACACACUUCCAGUGCGCUGCCUGGAUAGUACAUGUGUCGAUGCAGCUUACCUGGCUUUUUUGCGAAGCUCCUAGGUUCAGGGCUACUCAGGCACAGGAAUGUAUCUUGGAGAAAUCUCUCAUUGACAAUCGCAAGAACAACAUUACGGCCAAAGUGGCCGCCCAGGUGGUUGAAUUUUACAAAGAUGCCAGUCGGCUCAUUGACUUGGCUGACCAAAAACAGCAGAUCAGUUCUAGAAUGCACAAGGAGUGGGGCCGACGUCUGCUGAUGAAGGCAGCCUUCUACCAGUGCAUCACCUACUAUUUCCUCGGCCGUCGCUCGCAAGAGCUGGAGAAAUCUGGAGAGUGCCUGGCUUACUACACGGCUGCGCGGGAUGAGCUGGCCAAAGCCACUCAGUUGGCUAAGAAUGACCUUCCUGAAGUGUUGGACUGUUUACAGUUUGCCAAAGAUGUGGUCAUGGGCAAAUACGAGUCUGCAAAGAAAGAUAAUGAUUUUGUAUAUCAUGAUAAAGUGCCAGCUUUGGAGAGUUUGCCUGAGGUUAAAGGUGCCACUUUGGCCAAAGGUAUCCCUGUGAACUUGACUGACAAAGAAAUAUCUGGUCCGGACAUCUUUCAGAAGCUGGUCCCAAUAGAAGCUCAUGAGGCUUCAUCUGUGUACAGCGAAGAAAAGGCCAAACUGACACGUCAGGUAGUUGGUGAGAUUGAGCAGAAAAACAUGGAGCUAGAACAGUUCAUGUCAUCCCUACAGCUGGAUGUGGAGCAACUGAAUCCAAAACCAGACCUGAUGCCAGAGAACCUCAUGGAGAAAUGUGCAGCCAUGAGUGUCAGGACAAAUGCAAUCAAGGAACUCACUGAUUCUAUGGCCAGUGUCUCAGGGCUGGCCACUGAGGUAGAGCUGAGUAUCCAGGAGUUGCAGCAGAUCAUUGAGGAGGAUGCAGAGAAAACCCUGCAGUUUGAGAAAAUGUAUGGCAAGAAGAAUCCAAGCUCCGUUCUGCCAGGGCUGCUAGAGGAUCUGGCUGCCUACCGCAGGCGACACGAAGAAGGAAGUCAGUCAAAUGCAACUCUCCACAAGGCCAUGAGCACGCAUACAAACAACUUGAAGACACUGGUGCUGGCCCCCUCCGAGAUCCAGGCCAUGCUUCCACCAUCUCAGCCCGUCUUGUCAAGUGAGGAUCAAGAAGUUGUCAGUGAAACUCGGCGUCUGCUGCAGAAGGUCAAUGAGAUGAAGGAACAGAGGAAGGCUUUGCUGGAGCAGUUCCGCGAUAAAAUCCAGAAGGAUGACAUCACCAGCGUACUGGUCACCCAGGAGAAGACAGACAAAGAGUCUGUGUUUACGGAGCAGCUGAAGAAGCAUGACCAGAUUGUGGGCUACAUCCGGCAGAACCUGGUAUCCCAAGACAAUAUCCUGCAACAUCUGACGGACACAAAUGCCAAGUAUGCCCUCAUCAGGCAGGCAUAUAAUGAGGCCAACACUAGGAGAGAGAAAGUUGUACAAGAGCUGAUAUUGUCUUAUGAGAAGUAUGAAGAACUUCUGGCCAAGUCACAGAAAGGAGUUGAGUACUAUAAGAAGCUUCUUCAGGACGUGACAAAGACUCUUGAACGAUGCCGCAGUGAGUGCAAGGUUCGGCAGGAAGAGCGAGACAUGCUGGCUACUAAACUAGUGCCGAAAACACCUGCUCCUUCUCGGCCAACAGCACCGAAACCAGAGUUAAAUAAUGAUGGAAUUACAGCGUUGCCCCUGGAUGCUGCCAGUGCCGGGACAGCUCUUUCAAGUGAAGAAUUUAUUUCGCCAUCCAUGACCAUUCAGCCUGGACAGCCGUCUCAGUUCCAGAACCUUCCCCCCAGAUUUGAAGGCCCUAAACUGAAAGAUUACCUGCCAUUCAUGAAACCCAGAAGCUUUGGCCCUAAAGCUUCUGCUGGGGUAGCACCAACACAUGAUAUGCCCACAAUGCCUGGUUCCUCUACUGCAGAUAUGCCACAGUUUGAUUCUGGUGAUGUGAGUGCGUCACCCAGGUACCCUGGCUUGGAUCCUAGUUUAGUGUCAGUGCUGCCUGCAACAAUAGCGCAGUAUCUGUCAUCAGUCUCAUCGGCAGGAUCCUCAGUCGCAGGUGGUGCAAGGCAUUCCACCUCACCUCAACGAGGCUCAACUGGCACCCCACCCAGACAUUCCCCAUCACCUCUGACCUCGACUGCCAUGCAGGUUUCACAGCCUGGGAUCCAUGCUCAGCCCAUGCUGCCAGCAUCUUCUGCAGUUCAUUUUAACCAAGUACCUGUGGGUGCCCAUAUUUCACAGGCACCAGCAUCUCAGGCAUAUUACCACUCACAAGUUCCUUACACUGAACAGAGCCAUGCUGAUCCACACUCAAACACAUUUACUCCGAUACCAUCAAACACCUUGUCAUAUUUUACUCCUGGAGCAUCUGCUGCAUCAGAUGGACCACAGAAUCAGCAGCCAUAUGGGCAGUACGGGUACUUCCCGGGUCUUGGGACCCACCAGCAAUACCCAGGCAUGUCCAAGCAUGCCGAUACCUGCACUGUGUCAGCAGCUAGUCAGCCCAUAUUCUCUCCAGGUCAGGAAUCCAAAAACCACGUAGCUUUCCAGCAGCAUCCAAUAAUGCAGUCACAGCAGUUCCCACUGCAGCCAUCAAACAUUCCAUCUCUGCAUCAGCCACACCCUCAGCAGCAGCAGCCUUAUCUGCCACAACCAGGGCACAUAUCUGUACCACUGAGUCAGCAAGACAUGAGAGAAGCCACUUCACCACUGCCACAAGCUUAUGAUCCCGCAACACAGCCACUGUCUAAACAGAUGCCUCAACUGCCACAGCAGAAUUGGCCUCAGAAUCAGCUUCCAGGCCAGGCUGGUAUCGGUUUGAAUCCCCGACAGGCUCAUGUGAGUCAGACUCAGACUAAACCUGAGAUGGUGUCUGUAGCCUCAACACAGCCUGGUCAGCCUCAUAAUCAGCAGCAGCAGCAGCAACAGCAGCAGCAGAAUGUAGCACCCCAGCAGUAUCAGCUUCCACUAGGCCCAAAUCAACCUGGAGCUAGUCCCUACCUUCCUAACACAGGCCACCAUCAACUUGGUGGAUUCCCAGCAUCUCAGGGAGUUGGGACAGCAGGCAUAGGUGUUGAAGGACCCUCUCAGUUAACCAGUUUAGCAGGCGGCCAGUCAUCUGUCAUGGGAAAUCAUUACUUGAAUUUGCAGUCAAAGGGACCUGGUUCAGCUCUGAGUGAUGCAAACCAAACGGGUGUAGCACCUUACAGGACUUAUUCACCGCAUCAGAGCCCUUCUAAAACUGCCCAACUAGCUCAGGAACAGGACAGUAUCCCAGCAACCAGUUUGGGGUAUCUUUAUGCCAAAGGUCAGCACCAAGGGCCGUUUGUGGCAGACCAUGCAUACCCUAGUCAGCAAAUUUACCAGAACACAGAAGCCACCGCCUACCAUCCAUCGCAGCCAUAUGUUGGUGGUUACCAGCACAGCAUCUCUCAAAGUUAUCAAAAUGCCCAGACCUUUGGGACUUUCACAUCCAAGGCAAACAUGUACGACCCAACCAGCCAGCCAACCACUGUCCACCUCAGCUCAGCAGCAAGCCAGUACCCGAAUU